AUGCAAGAUUCUGCUGUUGAAUAUGUUCACGCAGCGGACCUGCGGCGGUCCGGCAGGCUUCGCUCCCUGCCCCGCCUCAGGAAGCUGCCGCGUGCGCCGCCUUCUCCCCCUGCAACCAGGAGGAUCCCUGCGUCUGCAGAUGACCGCAUCGUGCAAGGGUCGCUGGCGGCGGAGGGCCAAUUCCCGUACCAGGCGGGCCUCAUGAUCGACACCUCCGGCUUCUGCGGCGGCUCCCUCAUCUCCACCACCGCCGUCCUCACGGCUGCGCACUGCGUCGAAGUCGGUUCGUUCUUCACGGUGCUACUCGGGGGCUUGGAGCGGCUGCCCACGUCUGGAGACAACACCCAGUCGUUUUACACCUACGACGCCGUCAUGAACGACGCCUACUACACUACAGACGACGGCGCCGCCUUCAACGACGUCGGCCUCAUCUUGUGGUCCGAUCCCAUCACAAUCACCGACUACGUGAAGCCUAUCAAGCUGCCGUCGAGGCCGCAGAUCAGCGAGACGUUCGCCGGCUACGACGCCACCGUCACCGGGUGGGGGCUCACCAGCAACGAUGACUGGCUGCUUCCCGGGUACCUUUCGUUCGCUGAUGUGAAGAUCUGGGACAAUGCAGACUGUCAGGAACAGUACGGCGAACUUGUCGAUCCUAACGCCGUCUGUGCAAUGGGCACCAAUGGUCAGCAUAUAUGCACUGGCGAUAGCGGAGGCCCAUUGGUGGUGACAGACUUGGACGGCGAGCCACUGGUCGUGGGAAUCACUUCGUGGGGUCUGCUCGACUGCGAGUCCACCUGGCCGGACGUUUUCAUGCGCGUCAGCGCCUACCUCGACUGGAUUAGCGAGAACGCCGGCGUCACCAUCUCCUGA